CUCUCCUAGAGCAGAAGGAGCAGCAGGAGAGGCUGCGGGAGGCAGCGGCCUUGGGGGACAUUCGGGAGGUGCAGAAACUGGUGGAGAGCGGGGUGGAUGUGAACUCCCAAAAUGAGGUCAACGGCUGGACCUGUUUACACUGGGCGUGUAAACGCAACCAUGGCCAGGUGGUCUCUUACUUGCUAAAAUCAGGGGCUGACCGCGAGAUCCUUACAACAAAAGGAGAAAUGCCGGUGCAGUUAACAUCAAGGAGAGAGAUCAGGAAGAUAAUGGGAGUGGAAGAAGCUGAUGACGAUGACGAGCUCCCCCAGCUGAAGAAGGAGUCAGAACUGCCCUUUGUUCCCAACUAUCUGGCCAACCCAGCCUUCCCUUUUAUCUAUUCUCCUGCAGCAGAAGAUUCCACCCAGUUGCAGAAUGGGGGCUCCUCCACACCUCCUGCGUCACCCCCCACAGAUGGCUCACCUCCAUUGCUGCCCCCCACAGAACCCCCUCUGCUAGGGGCCUUUCCUAGGGACCACACUUCUUUGGCGCUGGUUCAGAAUGGCGAUAUUUCUGCCCCCUCUGCCAUACUCAGAACACCAGAAAGCACAAAACCUGGUCCUGUGUGUCAGCCCCCAGUGAGCCAGAACCGCUCCCUCUUCUCCUCUGUCCCACCCAAGCCACCAGUGUCUUUGGAGCCUCAGAAUGGGACAUAUGCAGGACCAGCGCCAGCAUUUCAGCCAUUUUUCUUCACUGGAGCAUUUCCAUUUAAUAUGCAAGAGCUGGUACUCAAGGUGAGAAUUCAGAACCCAUCUCUUCGGGAAAAUGAUUUCAUAGAAAUUGAACUGGACCGACAAGAGCUCACCUACCAAGAACUGCUCAGAGUGAGUUGCUGUGAGCUGGGUGUUAAUCCAGACCAAGUGGAAAAGAUCAGGAAGUUACCCAACACUCUGCUGAGAAAGGACAAAGAUGUUGCCCGACUCCAGGAUUUCCAGGAGCUGGAGCUGGUUCUGAUGAUCAGUGAGAAUAAUUUUCUGUUCAGGAAUGCUGCAUCCACACUGACUGAGAGACCUUGCUACAACCGGAGAGCUUCAAAACUGACAUACUAAUGCAGCAGGGUCUUUAUCACUGAGUAUUGUGACAGUAUGUGUCACCACAGGGCAAAAGGACAAGCCAUUGAUCCCAAAGCCUCGGAUGCCCACCAGGGCCCCUGGUGUCACUGCGUAGUGUACACUAAUAUCCUGCCUCAGCAGGAGGGAACCCCAACCCCCCAGCAGCGGUGCCACUCUUCCAAGUCUCUUGGUGCACAAUAAACCUAUUGCUGAAUCUUUGAACAGCUGAAAAGUAGUCUUGAGAGGCAGAAGCCGGAGGUACGAUAGCCAGUGUUUUAUGUGCAGAAUCUAGAGGGUUGUUGAAGCAGAAACUGAGAGGGCGGACCUGUUUCCAGCCACCUCUGUUGACAGUGCACCUGAAGGGUCAGGCGCACUUCUCUUGGUGUUGCAUGCUCAUGAUGCACCUGAGAUUUUGAACUGACUAGGGAGGAGGACUGGGGAAAGAAAGCACAGGCCCUGGACAAAGGGAUUCUGGUGUGACCUGUGGCUGUGAGGUUCCAUAUAGCAUAUUUAUAAAUGUUACUCAGGUUUAAAGUAUUUAAAAGUAUAGUUACCUAACUGUAAAUAGGCUGUUAACCAAAAGAGCUUCCCCUCCCCCACUUUUCUUUUGUGACCACUCAUGGCUGCCACUGUUUCAGGACAGUCAUCUUUGCAUCUCCUCCCUCCACAGCCACUAGAGGGCUCUCUAAUGCUUUCUAAAGGAACCACUCCAUUUUUACACUGAGCAGUUCCUGUCAUCCGUGUUGAAUUGCACCAUCCAAGAAGAGCACAAACACUGCUGGUCCACGUCCACCACUCUCACUUCCCACCAGAAAUGAAAAGCAGUUUUCUAGCCUGAAUUUGUUGCUGUUUUAACAGUUUGUGGGAAACUGAACUAAAGGAGUUAGCAUCUUUAUUUUUGUAUCACAGAUAAAGGUUAUUUUGGAAAUUAUUAGGAUUUUUACAUAACUCUGAGAUCUGUUGUUUUUUUGUAAACAAAUUGUUGAAUCUUAGGAAUCCCCCACCAAUCCACGGGACAGUCAGUUGUGAGCACCUGAUCAGACUCUGGAGCACAGCAUAAGAAUCUUUCCCAAGAGUGCUUUCAGAGAGUCCUCCCCUUCUCCUCAGCAUCGUUCAAGUGGAAAAGCCUCUGUUUUGCUGAAACAGCUUAACUUUAGGAAUAGGACCUGGCCCAUGCAGAUGAACAGGAGAGCAGGGGCUGGAGCAGCUGUUGACGAGGAUCCCUGCUGUCUUAAGCUUUCUCCCCAUAGUGCCUAUAGUUUCCAAAGAAACUUAACUUCCUGACUAUUAAUUUUAUUAGAACGCUGCAGUUGAGUGGAAACAUGCAGAUGUCAAUGGAAGAGAAUGUUAUGCUGAGGUUAUGGCCUCCCGAUGCCACCUGAAUGCUAAAAUGAGGUUAAAGUGUUCUUCAAGGUCAGCUGCGUGGGGUCGCUGUGUGUAGUGACUUAAUCAUACCCACCGGUAGAGCUGGUGACUUCCCCCUUGUAGAGUGUUUGCAUAGCAGAGUGGUGGUUGCUCAUCACCCCUUCUCCCAAGUACUUUAAUGAAGAAACCUCCCUGGUGUUUCAAUUAAUCAGAAACUACUUUAUCUAGAUGUACUAACCUCCCCUCCUCCCCAAUUUGCUUUGGAAAAACUUAGUUUACUGAUACAAUUGAGUGUGAUUCAAUCUUGGAAGAAAUGAAUUCAGUAUUAAUUCAUGUCUAAAUGACUGGGGUUCAAACUCCUUCAGCCACCCCAAUUGAUUAGAGGUUCUCAGAAACAGUAGAGACCUGGCUGGGAGGUGGGCUACAGGAGAGUGCUACAGAGCUCAGAAGCAGAGCGACCAAGGCUCUCGGUGUCCCAAAUGAGGGGACGGGUUCCACAUGGCUCUGCCCAGUACCCUAUCCUUUGCUGGUCCUCUGCAGUCAUUGCCUCUGGCAGUGGGAUGAAGAUGCAUGGUUGCUCUUAGGUGAGUCUGAAGUCUUAAUCUAUGCAUUCAGAGAAAUAUUUUUAUAUGCUUUGUGUAAUUUAUAACAAGGGGUUUUCUUUUCAGCUUUGUUAACUGGAUGCACUUCUCCUCCUUGGCAUAUUUAAAGCAUGUGUUCACACUGUGUGUAAACAUUCACGGGGACUUUUCCUCAUGUGUUGUUGACUGUUCAAACAUAACAGGUAUUAUGAAAAUUAAAGUUCACUGACCAAG